UGUUCUAAUUGUCAAACGACUAAACUCUCGAAAGAAUUUCCCUUAGAUACGAUUACCGAAAAAUGUACGCAUGUUCCGACUUGGUGUUUAAAGUGUUUAAUAUUCCAUUUACAAAGAGGCAAUACACAUAAUGAAACAAAAUGUCCAGAAUGUCCAGCCCAACUAACCCAAAGUGAAAUAAAUGGAUUUAAAAUCGCAUGGGAAAAAGCUCCAUUUAAAAUUGAUAUUGACAGUUUAUUUAAAAAUUCACGUGCAAAUAAUACGAACAAUAAUAAUAGUUCAUUAAACGAUCCAGCGACUCAAAAAGGAGAAUUUUUUGUUGUUCUACUAAGUGGUGAUAAAUAUUCACUAAAGCUUGAAGAUAUCCAAACAGUUAGAGUUUUGAAAGCAGAAUUAACAAAAAAGAUAAAGGUUGAUGGUUCGAAACAAAAAUUAUUACAUAAAGGAGUUGAAUUACAAGUCCGUCAACAAAAUGGACAAGGAGAGAAUAAACUUUCAACUUACGGAAUUAGAGCCGGUGAUCAUAUUCAACUUAUCGUUACAAUGUAUGCUAUAUCUAGAGAUGAAACCAUUAGUAAUUUGGCAUUUGAUCUAUAUUGGGGGUAUCCACUAAGGGGAAAAGAUUAUCUUGAUGGAACUUGUUUAAUAUAUACUGGUAAAGACUUUUGGAAGAAAUAUGAUUACAAGGAGAGAUUUGAUUCAGUUCAUCCAUAUAUAAGACACUCUGGUGAUGUCAUGGAUGAUCAUAAUAGACGAGGCCACCAUCGAAUAACUAUCAAAUUAGAUAAGCUUCCAGAUGUGGUUAAUAAACUUUAUUUUGUUCUCAGUGCUUGGAAAUGUCCACACAUUGGUGAUUUUAUUGCACCAAGUUUUAAAUUAUAUGAUGAAGAUUCAUCUGAUAAGAAACAAUUAUGUAAUUAUACAAUUCAAACCGCUGCCAACUCACAAGCAGUGAUAAUGUGUGCAGCUAUAAAAAAAGAUGAUGGUUCUUGGGAUGUUGUGGAAGUUGGACGUGUUUCUAAUGGCAAUGCUAGAGACUAUAGUCCCAUUAAACGAGCAAUAAUGGAAUUAAACUUAGAUAAUAUAUAUUAA